UGUCCGGACGGGAGGGGUGGGUGGGCGCCAUCUUCCUCCGGGCUCGCCAAAGGCUCUAACUGUGCUGCGGUCGAGGAGUACCCAGCCCCUGGCCUGGUGUCUGGCUUGGCAGCAGCGGUGUGUGUUUCUCGCGGAGUGCGGAGCAGUUCCCCUCGGGGCGUCGGGGGUGGGGAGGGGCCGGCGGCCCGGGCGGAAGGACGGGAAAAGGCGGGGCCGGCGGCCGCUCAGCCUCCGGCGUCUCUGCUGCCGUUAGGGCGCCCUGUUUCCCCGCUAAACACUUGACUCUCCCUCUCCCGUCAGCCUCCUUGUGGUGGUGUGUGUGCGCUUCCCCGUGAUCUUGACAGUGAAGAGCCCGAAGGAUUUCAUAGGUAUUGUUUUUCUUUGCUAUGUCAUCGUAGUCAGUGUCGGCAGGAGGCCCGGAUCUUUAGGCUUCAGAGGGGCGAAAGCGAUUCAGUUAGAUUCGGGGCCCGCUGACCCUAUGGCGAAUUAAGGUGCAGCAUUUGCCCUUGGGACGGCGCUGCAGAGAGGCAGGAGGUUGGGCGGUUCUGGUUAAUUUGAAGGCUGAUUUUGGCCGAAGGUCUGGCGACAGCAUCGGAUCCUACGUAGCAACUUCGGCCUGGCGCAGAAGAAAGAAGCUCUGACCCUUGGGAGUGUGGACAAAGGCUUCGGGCCAUAGAAUCGAUGUCUUCGGACGAUUCCUGUUCGACGAUGAUGGAUCUUAAGCGGAAAACCUGUGCCGUGUGGAUUCGUCUUCAUUUUGCCUUUGGUUUUUGUUUUAUCCAUCUACAUUAUAAAAGGCAGAUCAUCCGAAAGAAUAAUGUUGGACUGGGUUAAGUUGCUUUUACAGAAUUAACAGGUCUCCAAGAAAUAAAAAGAAAAGGUCAUUAUUGCUGUGGUUUGAGCUCAGCAUGGCUGUAGUCAUCCGUUUACUGGGGCUUCCUUUUAUUGCGGGGCCAGUGGAUAUUCGUCACUUCUUCACGGGAUUGACUAUUCCUGAUGGAGGAGUGCAUAUAAUUGGAGGGGAUAUUGGGGAGGCUUUUAUUAUUUUUGCAACAGAUGAAGAUGCAAGACGUGCCAUAAGUCGCUCAGGAGGGUUUAUCAAGGAUUCAUCUGUAGAACUGUUUCUUAGUAGCAAGGCAGAAAUGCAGAAGACUAUAGACAUGAAACGAACUGAUCGUAUAGGAAGAGGGCGACCUGGAUCUGGGGCAUCAGGGGUUGGCAGCCUAUCUAAUUAUAUUGAGGCCAUGAAAGAAGAUGAAAAUAAUUCUGGAUAUGGCUCUUCAGUUAACCAAGAUGCUGGGUUUCACACUAAUGGUACAGGACUUGAUGAUGUAAGGCCAAGAAAGACAAGGCCAUCAAAGGCCGAGAAUCCUUAUUUAUUUCUACGAGGUUUGCCUUACUUAGUAAAUGAAGAUGAUGUACGUGUCUUUUUUUCUGGUUUGUGUGUGGAUGGAGUAAUUUUCUUAAAACAUCAUGAUGGCCGAAAUAAUGGUGAUGCCAUAGUAAAAUUUGCUUCAUGUAUUGAUGCUUCAGGAGGUCUUAAAUGUCAUAGAAGUUUUAUGGGUUCAAGAUUUAUAGAAGUAAUGCAGGGCUCAGAACAACAGUGGAUUGAGUUUGGUGGAGACGCGGUUAAAAAGGGUGAAAUUUCUAUGAGAGCUGAAGGACAUUCUCCUCCAAGAGGAGUUAAUGAUAGACAUUUUCGAAAACGGUCUCAUUCAAAAUCUCCCAGAAGAACACGUUCUCGUUCCCCUGUUGGAUUUUAUGUUCACUUAAAAAAUCUGUCCUUAAAUGUUAGCAAAAGAGAUUUAAGAAGUUUCUUUAGAGAUAUUGAUCUGACUAAUGAACAAAUUAGGUUCUUAUAUAAAGAUGAAAAAAGAACAAGAUACGCCUUUGUGACUUUCAAGACUCUGAAAGACUAUAAUACUGCUCUGGGUUUCCAUAAGACUAUUUUGCAGCAUCGUCCAGUUCAUAUUGACCCAGUUUCUAAAAAACAGAUGCUGAAGUUCAUUGAAUGUUAUGAAAAGAAGAGACUGGGGUCAAUAGAGAAAGAGAGGUCUGGACAUGUUUCACAAAAAUACUCUCAAGAAGGCUACUCUGGCCAGAAGCUGUGCAUAUAUAUAAGAAAUUUUCCAUUUGAUGUUACAAAAGUUGAAGUGCAGAAAUUCUUUGCAGACUUUUCUCUUGCUGAAGAUGACAUUUACCUGCUUUAUGAUGACAAAGGAGUUGGUCUGGGAGAAGCAUUGGUAAAAUUUAAAUCAGAAGAACAGGCCAUGAAAGCUGAACGUUUAAACCGACGAAGAUUCUUAGGAACAGAGGUAUUAUUGAGACUUAUAUCUGAGGCACAGAUACAGGAAUUUGGUGUAAAUUUUCCCUUGAUGUCUACUGAGAAAAUGCAAGCCCGUUCACAGUCACAUGAUAUAGAUGACCAUUCCCAUUUGUUUGAGUCAAAAGAUCUAUCAGUUUACUCAGUUGGCCCUUCUGAAAAUUUUAGUUAUCAGCUAGAGGAUUUGAGGCAACAGGAUAACUUCAAGCAUCCCCAGGGAUAUUUCCGACACCCUGAUAGACGCCCUCCAGAAGACUUCCGGCACUCUCCAGAGGACUUCAGAUUCCUUUCGGAUGACUUCAGGAGAUCCCCAGAGAGCUUUAGGCACUCUCGGGAGAAGCACUUCAGACGGCCUUCUGAAGAUGACUUCAGGCACCCUCGGGAGGAUGACUGGAGAAGGCCUCUUGAUGAUUGGAGGUGGCCACCGGAGGAGGAUUUUAGGCAGCCCCCUGAGGAGGACUUCAGGAGGUCCCUUGAGGGAGAUUUCAGAGGGCCACCAGAGGAGGAUUUCAGGCGCCCUUGGAAGGAGGACUUCAGGUGCCCUCCAGAUGAUGACUUCAGGCACCUUAGGGAGGAGGACUUCAGGAAGCUCCCCCAGGAGGAUUUCAGGCAUUCUCCUGAAGAAGAUUUCAGGCGGUCACCCAUGGAACAUAUAAGACGGCUGCCCCAGGAUCACUUCCGACGACCACCAUCAGAACACCUCAGAAGGCCCCCUCCUGAACAUUUUAGACAGCCACCCCCAGAGUAUUUCCGACGGCCACCCCAGGAGCACUUCCGGCGACCGCCCCAGGAGCAUUUCAGGCGUUCCCGAGAGGAUGAUUUCAGGCAUAUGCCAGAUGAAGACUUCAGGGGCCCUCUGGAUGAAGACUUUAGGCACCCUCCUGAUGAGGACUUCAGGAGCUCCCAGGAAGAAGAUUUUAGAUGCCCUUCUGAUGAGGACUUUAGGCAGCUCCCUGAGGAAGAAGACCUUAGAGAAGUUCCAGAGGAGGAUCCUAGACUUCCUGACAAUUUGAGACCUUCUGGUGAGGAUUUUAGGAGCCCACCUGAGGAUUUUAGGAGUCAUCGUCCUUUCAUGAAUUUUGGUCGCCCAGAAGGUGGCAAGUUUGAUUUUGGAAAGCGUAAUAUGGGAGGUUUUCCUGAGGGUAGAUUUAUGCCUGAUCCCAAAUUAAAUUGUGGUUCAGGUAGAGUAACUCCUGUUAAGAUAAUGAAUCUUCCAUUUAAAGCAAAUGUAAAUGAAAUUUUAGAUUUCUUUCAUGGUUACAGAAUCAUACCUGACUCAGUUUCAAUACAGUAUAAUGAGCAAGGUUUACCUACAGGGGAAGCCAUUGUUGCUAUGAUCAACUAUAACGAAGCUAUGGCUGCUAUUAAAGAUCUUAACGAUAGGCCAGUUGGUCCGAGGAAGGUUAAGCUAAUCUUGCUUUAGAGAGCAUUUCUAAGUUCACUUACCAUCCCACAGUAUUGAUGCAGUAAAAUGCAUUUUUUAAAAAGUGUUAUUUUUAAAUGUUUAUUUUGACUUGUGAAUAGAAAAACUGUAAAUAGAAUGUGCAUUUAGUUUUCUUUUGCUUACAAAUGGCCAUUCAUUAUUUUUCCCCUAAUUUAAAAUUACAUAUGCUGUAUUUUUCUUUAUUAAGGCAUUGGGAACUAAUUCCCUGAGUUCCUUAAUUUUUGUUUCUGUUAUGGGUAAACCUCAAAGACUUGUUAGAGUUGUAUUUGGGGAAGAAACAUUUUAUAUUCCUUUUUAUUUCUUUAUGUAGUCAAAACCUUUUACUUAAACUGUAUAAGAAAAUGGUCAGGAGCCGAUUGUUGAGGUUUGGCAUUUUCAUUGCUAUCUGCUUGCAGAAUUAAUGCCCUCUUGUCUGAGAUAUUACUUGUGUUAAGAUCUGUUAAUUAUAAAUAGUCAAAAUGGACAGACUGUGAACUUUUGAAAUUUUGUAAAAAGCUGAGGAAAUUCUUAGUUUUCAUGUUCAUAACUGCAAAAUUUUACAAAAAUAAAAAAUUGCAACUGAAUAGACUUAAUUAACUUGUAUUUGUAUGAAAAGAAAAAAUUGCAGCUGGGUAUUAAGUUUUUCAACAAUACAUUAAACUAAAUUUAUAAUGGGAGGGACUAUUCUGUCAUCAUAAUGUAUAGUUACAUGGAAUCUUCAACAUUUUAGUAACCAGGUAAUGCAAAAUUUCAAAACCUUAAGAAUGCAGUUAUGGGUGUGGGCAGACUCAGGCUUAUGCUGGGAAGAAUGUGACAAGUGGAUAUAGUUUGCUUUUCUAGGAGUUUACCCAUGAGUUUUAUAAUUUGUUAUGCUUAUGAUUAAGUUCUUAGGAGAUUUUAGCAUCAAAUCUGUAAAUACUGGAUUAGAUUUUCUUUAUUCAGUCAUAUAAAUGGUUCACAUUUAUGAGGCACUAUGUGCUAGGCACUAUAAGUGCUUCAUAUGUAUGAUCUCAGUGUUUGCUAAGCAGUGAAGGACUUACUAACUUCUGUUUCACAUAUGAGAUAAUGAAGUUUUGGAGAAGUGAAGCAACUUGCCUUCAGUCACAGUUGUUAUGGAGGCAAUUUCAAGCCUCCUAAAAGUCCACUUUCUCCUGUUCAUGCUGAUAAUACUGCCUCACUUUAUUAAAGGUGUUUUCAAUGAAGACCAUGCUAAAAAUAUAUUCAGGGGUAAAUGAUAACUUUCUUACCUUUAUUCUCACUUUAAAAUCCACCAUUCAGAGAAGUAAAACAAGGGUGCUCAAACAUUGUUAAAAGGUGACUUUUAAAAGUUUUUAUAUUGCCAAGGUUUCUCCAGGGAUACAUUAGAUAUUGGCUUAGAAUUCAGAGUUCAUUUUAUAUCCAACAUGAUUGGAUUUUGGCCGUCUGUAGUUUGCAUAGAACAUAUAUUUUUCCUCAAUUCUUUGAUUCAUAGAUUCCUCACACUGAGUUAGAGUAAACCAUUUUUUUUUCCUUUUUGAGAAUGGUGUCUUGCUAAUUUGCUUAGGCUGGGCUCAAAUUUGUUAGCCUUCUGUCUCAGCCUCCCAGAGUACUGGGUUAUAGGUUUAUACUACCAGGUCUGGCUUAAAAGUGAAAUUAUUUGGUAAUUCCAGUCACUUAGUAAUAGGAGAUUGCUGAAGUAAAAUACUUUGUUGGUACUUAAUGCUAUAAGUAUUUUUUAAAUUUAAAUUUUUUUUUUUUGGUAGGGGGAAUUGAACU